AUGGGUCUCGCCAACGACAAGUUCCCUUCCUCGGCCGCCUUCGACGCCAUCAACGAUGCGCUCGGCUCCAGCGAGCCCGACCGCAAGGACGCCAUCAAGCAGGGCAACGCCAUCUUCGCCUUCACCCUGAAGAACUCUGCCGGCGAGACCGACAGCUGGCACAUUGACCUCAAGGAGAAGGGCGCGGUCGCCAAGGGCACCGGCGAGAAGCCCACCGUCACCCUGUCUCUGUCCGACGCCGACUUUGGCAACCUCGUCCAGGGCAAGGCUAACGCCCAGAAGCUCUUCAUGUCCGGCAAGCUCAAGAUCAAGGGCGACGUCAUGAAGGCCACCAGGAUGGAGCCCAUCCUGAAGAAGGCCCAGUCCAAGGCCAAGUUGUAA